AUGCCAAAACACUAUUGUGACUACUGUGAUGUCUUCCUCACUCACGACUCGGCUUCAGUACGAAAAGCCCACAACAGUGGACGCAAUCAUCUAGCAAACGUCAGGGACUACUACGCGUCGCUCGGACAUGACAAGGCCCAAAGUAUCAUUGACCAAAUCACAUCCGCAUUCGAGAGCGGCCAAGGACCUCCUCCUGGCGGUUUCGGAUUCGGGCCACAACAUCUGCAAGCGCCUCCGCAGGGUGGUUUCGCACCACCAAUGGGCGGAUUCCCUCCUGGAGGCUUCCCACCAGGACCUCGCCCACCAUUCCCUCCUGGCCCUGGUUUCCCCCCUAUGAUGCCUCCGGGUGCUCCUCCUUUCCCUCCGAAUGCUAUGCCGCCUCCAGGUGCCUUUGGUGGUCCUCCUCCUUUCCCACCUAACGGUCCUCCCGGUGCUCCCCCAUUCCCUCCCAACGCUUCUCAGCAAGGAGGCCCUCCUGGAGCUCCAAGCUUCCCUCCUCCACCAGGUGGAUUUAACGGCCCACCGCCUCCAUCUGGCCAAAAUUCGCAGGGCCCCCCUCCACCCACCAACCCUGGGCCUGGCGGAAUGCACCCCGACCGAGCGCGUAUGAUGGGUCCUGGUGGACGAUAA